AUAUCAGGAGGGGUAUCAUUGUGAAUCGAGAGAUGAAUGUUAUCUACAAAUGCUAAAGAUAUAGGGACUCUAUAUUUAAUUUUUGCAUUAUUUUCGGGAUUACUAGGUACAGCGUUCUCUGUAUUAAUUAGAAUGGAGUUGAGCGGGCCAGGUGUUCAAUAUAUUGCGGAUAACCAAUUAUAUAAUAGCAUCAUUACAGCGCAUGCCUUACUGAUGAUUUUCUUUAUGGUUAUGCCAGCUUUAAUCGGUGGUUUUGGUAAUUUCUUAUUACCUCUUUUAGUAGGUGGGCCUGAUAUGGCAUUCCCUAGACUUAAUAAUAUCAGUUUCUGAUUAUUACCACCUAGUUUAAUAUUAUUAGUAUUCUCUGCAUGUAUAGAAGGAGGUGCUGGUACAGGAUGAACUAUUUACCCUCCAUUAUCAGGUGUACAAAGUCAUAGUGGACCUAGUGUGGAUUUAGCUAUAUUUGCUUUACACCUAUCAGGGGUAAGUAGUUUACUAGGGGCUAUGAAUUUCAUUACAACAAUAAUGAAUAUGAGAACUCCUGGUAUUAGAUUACAUAAACUUGCUUUAUUUGGAUGAGCUGUAAUUAUUACAGCUGUGUUAUUAUUAUUAUCUUUACCUGUAUUAGCCGGUGCAAUCACAAUGCUUUUAACAGAUAGAAAUUUUAAUACAUCAUUCUUUGAAACAGCUGGUGGUGGUGAUCCUAUUUUAUUCCAACAUCUUUUCUGAUUCUUCGGUCAUCCCGAGGUUUAUAUAUUAAUUAUACCUGCUUUUGGUAUAAUAAGUACAACAAUAUCUGCUUACUCAAAUAAAAGCGUAUUCGGUUAUAUUGGUAUGGUGUACGCCAUGAUGUCUAUUGGAAUUUUAGGAUUUAUCGUUUGAAGUCAUCAUAUGUAUACAGUUGGUUUAGACGUGGAUACAAGAGCUUACUUUACAGCUGCAACAUUAAUAAUUGCAGUUCCUACAGGAAUUAAAAUAUUCUCAUGAUUAGCUACAUGUUAUGGAGGUUCUAUUAGAUUAACUCCUUCUAUGUUAUUUGCUUUAGGUUUUGUAUUUAUGUUUACAAUUGGAGGGUUAAGUGGUGUAGUUUUAGCGAACGCCUCUUUAGAUAUAGCAUUCCACGAUACUUACUAUGUAGUUGCUCAUUUCCAUUACGUUUUAAGUAUGGGUGCUGUGUUUGCAAUGUUUAGCGGUUGAUACUUCUGAAUACCUAAAAUGUUAGGUUUAAAUUAUAAUAUGACUCUAUCUAAAGUACAAUUCUGAAUACUUUUCAUAGGGGUUAACGUAACUUUCUUUCCUCAACAUUUCUUAGGUCUACAAGGAAUGCCUAGAAGAAUUAGCGAUUACCCUGAUGCAUUUGCAGGUUGAAAUUUAAUAAGUAGUUUUGGGUCAAUCAUAAGUGUAGUAGCUGCAUGAUUAUUCUUGUAUAUUGUAUACUUACAAUUAGUUGAAGGAGAAUAUGCAGGUAGAUUCCCUUGAUUAAACCCUCAAUUCUAUACAGAUACUCUACAAGCUCUUCUAAAUAGAAGUUAUCCUAGUUUAGAAUGAGCUUUAAGUAGUCCACCGAAACCUCAUGCUUUCGUAAGUCUUCCUUUACAAUCCAAUAUAUUAAGAAGUGGUUUUUAG